UGAUUGGCUGUGUGGUGAAUGCGGAAGUGAGCCAGUGUUGUUUGUGUGAAUCAGGGUAGCUUGAGUGGAGCUCAACGGAAUAAAAAUGCGCUAAUUAUUGUAUACUCUCAUAAUAACAUUAAAAAAAAAAACAUCUUAAAGGCGUUUUAGUAUGGAGGCGCAAGAUGGUGCGCGUGUCCGAAAUGAAGAAGUUCCUCCCCAGAACCAGGAUCUGAGUUUUCUGCUGCCAGCUGUGACAGCUUUCCUGUCUGAGUAUGGCUGGUAUGCGGCGUUCGCGUGUGUGGGAGUGUAUCUGCUCCUCCAGCAUCUCCGCAAGAACAGAUCCACAGACAGCCAGAGCUCGCCCGUCUCCACCAGCAGCCAAGACCCGGACUCCGUGGUGAGGCGUCAGGCGGCUCUGGAGGCGUCCCGCAGGAGAAUGCAGGAGGAGCAGGACACUCGAGCGGCAGAGCUCAGAGAGAGGCAGCAGAGGUUGGAGGAAGACAAGAGAAGACAGAAAAUCGAGAUGUGGGAUAGCAUGAAGGAGGGAAAGAGUUACAAGGGAAAGGCACAACAGAGCACAGAAGAGGCCACUUCCUCCAGCUCACUGAGACCAAAGACAGACAAAAAGCCCCUUCGCAACAGUGGAUACAGUCCUCUGUCUGGAGACGGAGGAGGAACGUGCUCCUGGAGACCCGGCAGGAGAGGCCCGUCUGCGGGUGGAUGAGGUUAAAGUGCGGUCAGACUGACCUCUGACCCUUUGACCCUCCAUAGGAACACACAAAUAUUAUCUGAAUGAAGCUAUCAUUCUCUCAUCACAGGACAAUAGCAAAUAUGGUUAUAUUACACAAGGGUCUUCAUGCACACUUUCAUGUUUUUCUGGUGACAGGCUAAUUGACUUGUGCAUUGUCUUUUUACACACACUCCUGUCGUUCCAAUCCUGUAUGCUGUUAUUUUUUCAGUGCAAUAGUUUUUUCAGUAAACUUUUUUUGGUGCAUUUGCAGUCAGAAUGACAUGAGGGUGAGUCAAGGACAAAAUGUGUAUUUUUGACUGUUCUUUUAACUUGUGUGUUUUAAACACUUUCAUGCACAUUAUGAUUAAGACGCUAUUGCCUGUUUGUAUGAUUGACAGCUUCUAAUGACGCCUCCUCAUCAAAGGUAUUAAUACUCCUGGGGCGGGCUGAUGAUUUUCAGUAAUAAUCGUGUUCCUGGUUUUAGCUUUUUGCACUUAUGAAGGCUGUGCUAAAUAAACACCUAGAGAGAGUAAAUACAAAUGCAAAGUGCUAAGUUUAUAUCAUUGAAAUGUUUGUAUUCUGUUGUAAAAGCAGGUUUGUGACAGAUCCAUCGAUGCUGUGGUUAGUGAUGUAUAAUAGCAGCCUGCUGUAUGU